CACGGUCCGUCUCUCUGCCCCUGGGCGUUAUAAAUAGUAAAGGUUAAUUAGUUAGCUGAGAAAUUGGAUCAGGGGCGGGCAGUUAGAAUUUGAUCCAUAGACAGGUAACUCAAGCAUUCCCUAUUGUCACAGCAAUCAGACCUAUAUAAAUCCGGCUUGACGGACAGCAGUCACCACAUAGCCUUACCUCUCCGCUGGAUCACCGACCUGGGCGAGAACCCCUGAACACGGAAUAAAAUGUCGCUCUCAUCUAUCCUUUCUGCUGAUGCCAUCGACAGUGCUAUCAAGGACUGCCAAGCUCAAGACUCCUUCUGCCCAAAGAAGUUUUUCCAAAUGUGUGGCCUCUCCAAGAAGAGCCCUCAGGAUGUGAAGAAGGUCUUUGGGAUCCUGGACAACGAUGGCAGUGGUUUCAUUGAGGAGGAAGAGCUGAAGUUUUUCCUCCAGAGGUUUUCUCCUGGAGCUCGUGUUCUGACAGACAAGGAGACCAAGGCCUUCCUGUGUGCCGCCGAUGACGACAGCGAUGGUCGGAUUGGAGCAGAUGAGUUCCAGGCCAUGGUCAUGUCCUAAACAGCUGGACUCCAUCUCUGCACCUGGACCUGGUCCCCCUGCCACCCUUAUCUGACCGCUUCAAGGGCUCCUAGUUUAUCAUUUAGUCAUUUUCCAACUGGUUAGAUAAAACCUUUUGAUUAUUUUGCAAGACUCACUC